CAAGUCUAGUAUAUACAAUGUGUAAGCCACUAGUAUGCACAGUGCUUCGGGCAAAUUACAUUACCUAAUCCGAGAAUUACAUCAUUGACAUAGUGAAACAUGGGGACGAGAGAAAAUUAUUGAAGGGAAAUUCGAACCUUCCAGGAUACCAUCCACCAUUCCAAAAAGGACAGAACAACAAGAGCAGGUGGGGUAAUGUUGUAUGUGAAAGAGGACCAGAAUGCAACCACCAAUGAGAAACUGACCACCAUGGGAUCCUCAGUCUGUAUGGUGCAAUAUACUAGCUCAAGAUAACAGUUAUAGACUAGCUCAAGACUAGGUACGAACUGACAGUGAGAGUAUGCUUCAGGAACUGGUGCAGCUUAAAAAAGGGAAACGACAGUCCAUCAUAGUGAGCCAAGAUGGCAAGUGAGAGUGAUGCUUCACUGGCUAAGUUGAAGCAGCUGUUGGUGACUGGUUCCAACAAUGUUGCUUGGAAUGGAAGCCACCUGGUUCGUCAUUUAGUGGACUGGUUCCUUCGCAAUGAACGAGAGCACCAUAGUAAGUUGAACCUUCCUGAAUCACCACCUGGUGAGGACGGCUCAAAACCCAGACUCCGAGCUACUAACCCAGGUGACACACUCAUUAACUGCACUUCUAUCAUUCCAAAGUUGGUGGAAGAGGGGAAAGCUGAGGUUAUAAUAGAUACACUGCGAGCAUACAGCCAGUUGCCAUAUGUGGAUAAAGAAGCUUUGGUGUUGUGCUUAGCCGUGGCAUCCAAACAAAGUGACCAGAAGAAACUCGUGACAGAUGCUCAUUCAGCUGUGAGAGAACUGUGCACAAACACUCACCUCUUCUUUCUUUUCAUUCAGAUCUCAAAAAUGAUCUCCAAACAAGCAGGCCAUUCAGGCUGGGGUCGUGGACUACGUCGCGCUGUUAAUCAGUGGUAUCUGAGGUGGGAACCCAAACAUCUUGCCCUUGAAGUCACUCGUCACUUCAGCGCUUAUGGAUGGACCCACCGAGAUGUCAUCAGACUAGCACAUUUGAAAUUAAAAGAACUUCCUUUAGGGACACAAGUGGUUCUGCACUAUGUGUUCAUGGGUCUGGAGAAGACAGUUCAGGAGUACACUGACAAGGACAACACUAGUGAGCUGCUGGAGUUGCUGCAUGUUCUGGAUAAGGACAGCAACCCUAAGGAAGGAGAGAGUUCAGGGAAUAUGGAUCAAGUUAUCAACAAAGUGAACAAGCUACACGAGAUGUAUGGCUGCCUUACUCUAGAUGAUGUUUCUUCACAAAGCCUCAAGUCUCCAGAGGUGUGGUCUCAUAUCUUGGACAAACUUGAUGGAGAAUCUGCUGUGGCAAGUGUUAAUCGUAUGGCUAAGGCCAGUCUCUUGAACCCAUCCUGUGAUGCUACCCAUGGACUUCCAUCUAAGCUGGUUGACUGUUUGACUCGUAGUAGCGUUACAUCUGGAAGUGUUACUCCCACACAAGCCUUAAUGGCCUUGCAUGCAUAUGAGCACCCAACAAGAUAUAUUGGUGAUACGUCUUGUAAGUUUUAUGAGAGGAAGCCAAGCAGAGGAGGGGCAAGUAAAUCUCCCAAACUUCCUCUCAAGACUCUCUGCAAGAAAAACACCAAAGUCAACCCCCAGGUUGUUGAUGCUCUCCAUUCUGUGAUCACUGCAAGUGCUAAGAAUGUUGAGAAGACAUCCCGUAAACUUGGUAUAUGUGUUGAUGUACGAGGAUCCAUGAGCACAAGUCAUGUGUGGACAGGCAAUCCUGAAGGGAAAGGAGAGGUGACAGGUCACGAGGGAGCAGCAGUGACAGUGCUGACACUGACAUCGGGAGGGACCAGCCCAGCAGCCACCACUCUGGCAUUCACAGAGAACACCUUAGCAGAAAUUAAGCUCUCGGAAGGCAUCACUCUUCUGCAGCUAAUUAACACAUUUAAAGAGACAGUAAUUGGUGAAGUGAAUAUUGAUGCAGCACUAAAAUGGGCAAAGGAGAAUGCAGCAGAAACAAUUGUGGUGCUCACCCACAAGUUUGAGCAGCAUGCUAUUUAUGGUGCCGCGCAGAGUCUACAACAGUUUAAUGAGACCAGCAACACACACAUCAG